GAGAUCCUCAAUUGGGUUUCAUCAUCCAUUAUUCUCACUUAUAUCUUAGACGGCCAGAUUUGACAGCAUUCCUAGCAGAGUCAUAACAUUUCAGCUGGAGUCUCUUACACUUUCUCUGCAGUCCAACAUCCGAAAUGUCAGCUUCUGAGAUUAUUUUCCCAACAUUCAAAAAAGACAAAAAAACACAGGUUGAAAUCAAAAACACUAUUCCAUCCAUUAUCAAGUUCUUCAGCAGCGUUGACGGCCUUGAGCAUGCGUACAAGGGAAUAAUCAUGGAUGAAAAUCAUGCAUCUAUCACAAAUGACCCUGGAAUAGGGAUUUUUGUCCUUGAGUGGGAAAAUAUCAAAGCUUUCCACGAUUUUUAUCCCCAGUCUGAUCAAUAUCGAGACUUUUCUACGCUUGUUGGGCCUUUACUGGCGGCAAAGCCUGUUCCUCGGCUCUACGAACCUAUUGAUGGGACUCUGACGGCAUGUUUAAAUGCACCUAUCACACAAAUAUUUGUUUUGCAGGCAAGUGCAUCGCUUAACAGAUGGAGGGAUCUCGUAAGCUCGAUCAAAAAGCAAGCACAUAGCCGACCGAGCUUUUAUCACGCAAUGGGCAUUGAACAGGAUGUGGGCACCUUUAUCAGCAUGAUUGGAUGGAGUAGCGUGCAGGAAUAUGAGCUAUUUGGUCGCGAAGCAAACAUACAAGAAUUUAAGAAGGAAAUCGGCCAUGCUUCAACGAGUAUUGUAGUGCGAUUCGAGCCACUAAAAGUCUGA